CCCACAGUAAAUAUUUUGGACCCAUGAUAAUACUUUUUCUGACUAUAGUUCUUUUGUUGUCAUCCAGCCUAAGCUGUAGGAAGCAAAAGCCUGAGAAAAACAAACUCUUCAUCAUAAAAAAAUAUCACCUCUCAGGGGUGUUAGCAGGAGCUUUAAUGAGGACCUUCAGUGAAAAUCCAACAAAUCAUUAAUCACUGUCAUAGUUCAACAAGUUGCCCCCAUGGUUAACUCUGUGAGACUUUAUUAGAGGCAGCGGUAAAUGCUUUUAAGGUUAUACCCAUCUUCCCACAUUGGUUCAUGAAUGGUGAAACACAGAGGAAGGAGGACAGAGGUUUUCCUAGUAUGUGCCACGCCUGCUGUUCCUGGAUGAGUUUAAAGAGUCUGUAUCAUCCUGUCAUUUCAUAGCUGGUUGCCUGCACAUAAAAAUACAGCUCCUUGUGGACACUCUCAUUCAUGGUGACGUCUUGUUCUGGGAAGAAAACUGCCACUGGAACAGCUUGAAGAAGUCAGUCAUGAACGGCAAAGAUAAAGCAGCUGCUCUCGAUAUCCAUCGUCCAGUAGUAGUCGUCAUAUUUUUAUCUGUGGUGCCUACAUGAAACACAACAUCAUGGAAAAGGACACUGUACUGCAGCCUUAUGGGCGCCAAGGUGUGCAUCCAUCUGUUCUUGGUCACACUAGCAACCACAUUUAUGACCACUUAUACACCAACAAUAAAAACCUGAACGCUCCACGCAACUGUUUGCUCUUGGAUGAAAGUCAAUAAUUGCCCUUUAAUAGAUGUUACAGAUGAGUGACAAAGUGCCAUAAUCAGCCUUAAUGCAGAACAAUUUAAGGGCUGAAUACCUUGUUAACCAACCUAAAUGAAACUAAAAGGAGUUUAGGGCCGAACACAGUCAUGCAAACAAAGUCACGUUUGUGUUUUUCAUCCUCAACGAUCAAGGCUGUACAAAACAGAAAAUGAGAAAAAGGUGUACUUGAGCAGCUAAUUGCUUGGAUUAAGGGAAGAUCACACUCUGAACAGGGAUAAAUAAAGUAGGUUCAAGCCAGUAUUAUGUAAUGAGAAACAGCACAGUCUCCUCCUCCCCUUGUCUAGAUCAGCUCAGCCCCUGGUUACUGUGCAAACAGUGGUGAAAACCUGUUGGGAAGACAAUUGCCAUUCACACCAGAGCCUUUCUGACUAUCACAGGAGUAGCAUAGCAAUCCAAGUGACACAUGAAAAUUACUAAGCUUUUGUUACUGUUCAUUUUAAGAUCAUUAAUUACUUAUUUUUUCCUUCAACGAUUGAGGGUCAUGUUAAUUGUACAGUAACUCUUCUGCUGGUGAAGGCUACAAGUCUCUGAAGAGCUUCUAAAUGGACAAGAUGCCUCCUGCUGCGGUGACCACUUAGCAUCAAGUAGCAUUGACUGCUUUUAAAGUGGAAGGUCUGUUAGCAACCACUGUGAUGAAUUUGUCCACUGUUGCCUGGUUUCAAGAAAUCAAUACAGCCAAAGAGUAACUGCUGCACUGACAUCUCUCCGGCUUUGACCCAAACCGCUCCUCCUUGGAUUAUGAGGGACAUGUUGAUGCAGCCAAGGAAAAGCCAGUGUGCAAGGACUGCUCUUUAAGGUCAUGUUUAUAUUUUGUUGUUUUUCUUGAUUAAAACCGGAUAAACACCAAAACAUUUAAAGAGAAGUUUUUGUGAGACUAUAAUUUUUUUCCAUAUCCAAUCAUCUUUAAUCGUUAAUUUCUGGAAAACAGUGAAGUUGACACAGUGUGAGAGACACAUUUUUAGAGGGAUUCAACCAGACACUAACAGGAGCAUGUGUGGCUCAAGAGCUAGCGGACUUAGACCAUCUGACUAUCUCUCUGGGCAUUUGAAAAUUAAUUCAGACUGUAUAAUGAUGGACUGUAUAUUUUUGCAGAUCACAUUUACAACUCUACACGCAAAAAACUAAAAAUAAACUGGAAUAUACUCUGUUCUCUUUUCCUGCAAGAGCACAGGUUAUAAAUGUCAAUGAGGAAGUCAACUGACCAGUGUGAUAUUACCUGCUUAACUUAAACUGCUAUCAUUAUGAGAGUACUUAAUGGAGUGUGGUCAUACCUGUGAUUAAUACAAUUUAAGACAUGAUGUGGAGCCAACAAAAUGCAUCACCCAGACACUGUGUGAACAUGCUGUUCUGAUUCUUAAAAUUAACAGGUCAUUAGAUUAAUUACUCAAUAGACUUUUAUUGUGAAUGCAUGGAGACUUUGGGGCAGCAAGUAAACACCAGCGGCCUUGGCAGAAUUAAUAGUGCAGAUGAGGCCUUGAUUAAGGCCUUGGUGCCCAUCCUGGAUGGGCUAAUUCUGGUGACUGGCCUGGUUGGUCAAACUCUGGUCAUCACCAUUCUAACUGGCAGGAGGAGGAAAAAAAGUCAACCCCCGCAUGGUACAGACACCCUGCUGCUGGCCCUGAGCGCUGCUGACCUGCUGCUGCUGCUCUGCCUGCCUUUCCACACCUCUGCCAUCACCCUGGGCUUCUGGCCAUUCGGCAGCUUCCUCUGCAAGGCCAUCAGCUUCCUGGGUGUGGCCUGCUCAACUGCUUCAGUCUUUACCCUGGCUGCUUUGGCUGUGAUACGUUAUCUGACAGUGGUACACCCCACCUGGGCGUACCGUUCAAGAAUGCACAGACGCUCAAAGCUGACAGUAGUUCUGCUCUGGGUCCCUGCCUCGGCCUUGGCAGUGCCGCAGUUUGCCUUCCGCACAGUUACCAUGUCCAGCUCCAUGUACUGCUUUGCCUUCCUGCCUGACAUCAGCCAGCUGGUCUACAGCAUCACCCUCUUUCUGUUCGGCUUCGCUCUACCACUUGGCAUCAUUGUAUUGAUGUAUGCCAAGAUCUACUGUUUUCUUCGACACGCACGGCUGCUAGCUCCCCAGCUGGAGCGCUACCAGAGCCAGGUAACUCAGACUUCAGCUCUCCUGGUCCUCGUCUUCACUCUCCUCUGGCUGCCUUCCUAUGCCCUCAUGUUCUCCUUCAUUGGAGGAACUGUAACAGGCUCACCUGGCUACAAUACCAUUGCCAUCCUGGCCAGAUUGUUGGCAUCCUCAGUAGCAGUAGUAAACCCUGUACUGUAUGGAUUUAUGUCUCAGAAGUUUAGACGAGACUUACUAGAGCUGGGGAGAAAACGCUGGUUAUCGUGCAAAAGCUGUCUGAUUGGUUGCCCUCAUGUGAUGGGCAGGGACAGGGUACAGCCGUUUGAGCUGGACACAACCUCAGAAAGAGGCCAAAACUGACUCUUUGGCCAAAAAGAAAACAUUGCUACCUCAUUACUCACUUAAUCCUGGAACUAGGGCUAGGCAAUAUGGCUUAAAGAAACAUGAUAUUAAUAUAAAAACAAUAUUUUACUAUAUCUCUAUAUACUGUAUUUAUAGAUCACUGUGGAAAUGAAUGCGAGAUUACAUAUGCAAUUCUCUAAGUGAUGUUAAAUGCAAUGAAAUUCAUCACAUUGUUAUGUAUAAAAUCAGGUAAAACUCUUCAUGUGUGAACUAAAAACCUCAUUAUUUAUUUAGUUUUUAAAUUAAAUUUGCUUGGAUUUAUUCAUUUGGACAGCAGAAUGUAGUCAACAGUGACAUAAUAUGAUCAUAUCAUUACUUUAUAAUUCUACUAAAAGUUGAUUUAUGAUUUUAUAUAUUGAUUGCCAAGUUUUAUCUGAAACUAAUGCACUCCUCUAACCUCAGCUGUAUUAAAUUCUCCUUCAACUAGAAUACAUUCUGUAGUUGGUGGGUGAAAAACUAAUGUGGAAAAACUAGCCAUCAUUUCCACAAUCAAAACCCUGAUCUCAAUGCAACAUCAAUAAACAUACUAACCCCAUGCACUUUA